CAGGCAGUAAGCAGGGGAAGCACUUGGCCUCAAGCUGGCUCCACCACUAGUUCAGUUUGAGCCUGGAUGAGUCACUCUCCUCUGGUCCUCAAUUUCCUGCACCUGAAAUGGGAAUAAUGGCUUUUAGGAUUUUGGAUAGAGUCAAAGCCAUUGUAUUACACUUAGGAGAUGUCCCUCUUGGCCCACUAUGUUAGUCCUAGGCGCGCCCCCCCUGGCCUGGGAAGAAAAUCCCAGAGAAACAGAGAUGGUCUGCCACAAAUACUGGUCUGCCCUCCCAAGUGUGGGUGUUUGCAGGUGAUGGCCCCCUUACCUCUUUCUCCACCCUCAGGCAGACAAAAAAGAACCCAGAGAUCUGCCCUUGAGUCCAGGGUCUGACUUCCUGGGUAUCUGUGCGUCUUUCCUGCCUGCAUGUCUCUCCUGGGUAUCUGUCUGUCUACUUGGGCCUCACUGACUCUGGCUGGCUCUCGCUGCUGUGCAUUUGCCUCUGUUGUCGGAUUCCUAUCUCUGUCUCCACUUGAUGAGCACCUGUCUUCACCUGUUGGGUACAUGUCACGUGUUUGUUGGGUGCCUAUUAAGUCUUGUCCCCUUCUGUCUCUGCCUGUUGAGAAUGUGUCCCCAUCUGUCUCCACCUGUUGGAUGCAAGCCCCCACCUGCCUCUGCCUGUUUGGUUCCCAUCUGUCUGCCUUUUGUGUUGGGCUCAUGUCCCCUACUGUCUCUGCUUGUUGGGUACAUGUCCCCAUCUAUUUUUGCCUGUUGGAUAUGUGUCCCCAUCUGCCUCUGCCUGUUAGGUAUGAGUCUCUGUCCACCUCUGCGUAUUAGGUAUGAGUCUCCUCCUGCCUCCGCGUGUUGGGUACAUGUCCCCAUCUGUUUCCGCCUGGUGGUAUAUGUUCUUCCUACCUCUGCCUAUUGGGUACAGGUCUCUACCCCUCCCUGCAUGCUGAGCAUAUGUGCCCUCCUGCCUUUGCCUGUUUGGUGUUCCACUUUAUCUACCUCUACAUGUUAGGUGCCUGUCUGCCUGUUGGGUGCCUAUCUUCUCACCAGCUGGAUUGGCAUGGGGCUUUCCCUCUGCAGGCCCACAGGGAGGAUGGGGGGAAGGGCCAGAGGGCAGCCCUCAGGCAGUAGGGCUGGGGGAAGAGAGAGGAAGGGAACGUGGUGAGAGUGCAGGCCUGGAGCUGGAAACCACAGGCCCUGAGCGAUUGGCGGCCCUGAGCCGGGGCCAGCCUCCGCCCUCACCCGGCACAUCCGCCUUGGGCCGGCCCACCUCUGGGCAGCCCCAGCGCUGCCUACUCCUGCCAUGGUGCCUUGGCCCCACGGGGCGGAUGGAGCAGGAUCCCAAGCCGCCCCGUCUGCGGCUCUGGGCCCUGCUCCCCUGGCUGCCCAGGAAGCAGAGACCCAGGAUCAGCCAGACAUCUCUGCCUGCCCCUGGCCCUGGCUCUGGCCCCAGGCGGGACUCGGAUGAGGGCGUCCUCAAGGAGAUCUCAAUCACGCACCAUGUCAAGGCUGGCUCGGAGAAGGCUGACCCAUCCCAUUUUGAGCUGCUCAAGGUUCUGGGCCAAGGAUCCUUUGGUAAAGUCUUCCUGGUGCGGAAGGUCACCCGGCCUGACAGUGGGCACCUGUAUGCCAUGAAGGUACUGAAGAAGGCAACGCUGAAAGUGCGUGACCGUGUGCGGACCAAGAUGGAGAGAGAUAUCUUAGCUGAUGUAAACCACCCGUUUGUGGUGAAGCUGCACUAUGCCUUCCAGACCGAGGGCAAGCUCUAUCUUAUUCUGGACUUCCUGCGUGGUGGGGACCUUUUCACACGGCUCUCUAAAGAGGUUAUGUUCACAGAGGAGGAUGUGAAGUUUUACCUGGCUGAGCUGGCUUUGGGCCUGGACCACCUGCACAGCCUGGGCAUCAUUUACAGAGACCUCAAGCCUGAGAACAUCCUUCUGGAUGAGGAGGGCCACAUCAAACUCACUGACUUUGGCCUGAGCAAGGAGGCCAUUGACCAUGAGAAGAAGGCCUAUUCCUUCUGCGGGACGGUGGAGUACAUGGCCCCUGAGGUUGUCAGCCGCCAGGGCCACACCCACAGUGCAGACUGGUGGUCCUAUGGGGUGUUGAUGUUUGAGAUGCUGACAGGUUCGCUGCCCUUCCAGGGAAAGGACCGGAAGGAGACCAUGACACUGAUUCUGAAGGCAAAGCUAGGCAUGCCCCAGUUUCUGAGCACGGAAGCCCAGAGCCUUCUGCGGGCCCUGUUCAAGCGGAAUCCUGCCAACCGGCUUGGGUCUGGUCCUGAUGGGGCAGAGGAAAUCAAGCGGCAUGUCUUCUACUCCACCAUUGACUGGAAUAAGCUGUACCGUCGUGAGAUCAAGCCACCCUUCAAGCCAGCUGUGGCCCAACCUGAUGAUACCUUCUACUUUGACACUGAGUUCACAUCCCGCACACCCAAGGACUCCCCAGGCAUCCCCCCAAGUGCUGGUGCCCACCAGCUAUUCCGUGGAUUCAGCUUUGUGGCCACCGGCCUGAUGGAAGAAGACGGCAAGCCUCGGGCCACACAGGCGCCACUGCACUCGGUGGUACAGCAACUCCAUGGGAAGAACCUCGUUUUUAGCGAUGGCUAUGUGGUAAAGGAGACGAUUGGUGUAGGCUCCUACUCUGUGUGCAAGCGCUGUGUCCACAAGGCCACCAACAUGGAGUAUGCCGUCAAGGUCAUUGAUAAGAGCAAGCGGGAUCCCUCAGAAGAGAUUGAGAUUCUUCUGCGCUAUGGGCAGCACCCCAACAUCAUCACUCUGAAAGAUGUGUAUGAUGAUGGCAAACACGUGUACCUGGUGACAGAGCUGAUGCAUGGCGGGGAGCUGCUGGACAAGAUCCUACGGCAAAAAUUCUUCUCGGAACGGGAGGCCAGCUUUGUCCUGCACACCAUCAGCAAAACUGUGGAAUAUCUGCACUCCCAGGGGGUUGUGCAUAGGGACCUCAAGCCCAGCAACAUCCUGUAUGUGGACGAGUCUGGGAACCCUGAGUGUCUGCGCAUCUGUGACUUUGGCUUCGCCAAGCAGCUGCGAGCUGAGAAUGGGCUCCUCAUGACACCUUGCUACACUGCCAACUUCGUGGCACCUGAGGUGCUGAAGCGCCAGGGCUACGAUGAAGGCUGCGACAUCUGGAGCCUGGGUGUCCUGCUGUACACCAUGCUGGCAGGAUAUACUCCAUUUGCCAAUGGACCCAGUGACACACCAGAGGAAAUCCUGACCCGGAUCGGUAGUGGGAAGUUCACCCUCAGUGGGGGCAAUUGGAACACAGUUUCAGACACAGCUAAGGACCUGGUGUCUAAGAUGCUACACGUGGACCCCCACCAGCGCCUCACAGCUAAGCAGGUCCUGCAGCACCCAUGGAUCACCCAGAAAGACAAGCUUCCCCAGAGUCAGCUGUCCCACCAGGACCUGCAGCUUGUGAAGGGAGCCAUGGCAGCUACGUACUCUGCGCUCAACAGCUCCAAGCCCACCCCUCAGCUGAAGCCCAUCGAGUCAUCUAUUCUGGCCCAGCGGCGGGUGAGGAAGCUUCCGUCCACCACCCUGUGAGGGGCCAGGGUGUCCAGGCCGCAGGCCGGCGCUAGCUCAAUGGAGGCAGCCUACUUCCCAGAGGGAACAGACCUGAGGCCCAGGCCCAGAGGGAGUGGAGGCCCCAGGGACCCAGAAGAAUCCAGCCCAGAUCACCCCAAUUGAGGGUGUGAGAAGUGCCUUCUCCUUCCGUAGGACGGACUCUUCUCAGCUCAGACUCUGCUGGUUGAAAUCGAUUCCUGUACAAACUCUUAUAUUUUUUUAAGGAAAAAAUGGCAUCAACUACCAUGGAUUUUUACAAGAUCCAUUUGCCUUUUUGGGAGCAGAAAUAGCCAGUGCAGUCCCAGGAGGGGCACUGAGUCACAUUAGGGCUUUCUGUGGCUGAGACUCCUUAUUGCAGCUUUGGGGUCGUGCCCUGGGCACCCCCACAGUUGGCCAUCUGUAGCCAUCUGCACACACCUCCAAGGCAGUCUAGCAUCACCUUCCAGAGCCCCUGGCUGUUCGGCAGAACUUGCUCUAGCCCCAAUCAGUUCCUUUUCCGUUCUGUUCUGCUCGGGGUCUGGAACCUCUUCCUACUGGAAGAGAGGGCCCAGGUCCUGCGGCUCCCAGCUCCAGGCAAUCCCAGCUCCCAAAAUCCACGUCGACCCGCCAGUGGGUCCCUUGCCGUGAGGUUGGGCAGCCCCAGGAGGAGGGUCUGGAAAGCACUUUUGUCUGACUUCUGUGGAGUCUGCCACAGGACAGAGCUCACAGGAGGACUGUGGGGUGGCCAAGAGGGACAGGGGCUUUUCUUCAUUUCUUCCUCAGCUGGUAACUCAGGGUUCAUUUGUCCAUGGCCUUUCUAAUAAACUUGCAGUUGAGUUGAA